UCGGUCUCAUCAUAUUCCCGACUCUCACGCACCAGGCCAGACCAGCCACGCACUCGCCUCACUCCUACGCCUACACCCACAUUUCAACGUUGCUCGACAAGGAAUGCCAUGCAUUGGUCUGACCGCACGAGACGAAUGUACCGGUGCUCGGAGAGCGAGGGGUAAUCCGACCAGGUAUUCGGACAAACUACCUGUACUCCCUUACAUCUCCAUCUCCGCCGCCCGUCAUAGCCGCGCUCAAUGCAUCUCCAUGCGGCAACAACAGCGACCAAUUAUCCAACAACAACAAGAAAUCACCAAUAGACUACCAAUUACAGUCGUCAAUGUAUCAUCUCUCGGCUUACCCGGAGGACCGCCGACAAAUGAAGAUCGGAUCGGAAUCUUACUAGUCCCAAUCGUUCAUCGCAAUCGCACCGCGCACCACCUGCUCGCCCUGCACAGCACGCACUGCACCGCACCGCACUGUAGUCACAUCCGCGACGAAACGAACGACCCCUCCUUUUGCAUCACAAUCACGAUGAAACCCAAUCGAGAUCUGAGGCACACUCCCUCAUGAUGUAAUCUUAGCCCAAAAAAAAUAAUUACGCCCAUCGUUCACUAAACAUGCCGUUCGAUACUUUCGGUCUCCACCAACAAACAGCUUCCAUGGAUGAUCCCGUCCUUCAGAAUUAUUAUCUGACGAACUGAAAGGAGCAAUAGAUAUCGAAAUGACGGUUUAGUUAGUUAGCCUCGCCGGAUCGCACGGUUCAUAUGCUCAAGUCGAGAUAUUGGUAACCAAAAAACGGUUCAUCUGAAGCAUUGACAUCCAGACAAUCCGCCUCGCUUCAAAUAACCGAAUAGUGCUG